GCAUCUCUUUUUUGCAAACAAAAUAUUGGGUUUGGGUGUAUGCGAUUACAGUAUAUUAGAGUUUGAACAUAACUUUUGUGAGAGUUUAGUCUGAAUUGAAAAUGCAGACUGUGAAGAAUACAGCUGCUGCAGCUAAGGAAAAGUUGAGUAACAUGGCCUCUUAUCCUAACCAGGAAAAGGACAGUACCAAGGCAUCUGAUCAGGACAAGAAUAAGGAGCAAGGUGAACACAAUAAAGAUGAAAGGAGGGAGGAAGGUAGAGAGAACAUAAGGAAGGAGGAAGAAAAGCGCGAGAGUGAGAGUGAUGAUCCAGUUUUGGGUGUUAUAAGUGAUGAAGAUGAGGAUAAGAAAGUUGAGAAAAUCAUAACCAUGGCAGGGGCCACUGGGCCAGAGGUUGUACCUCCUGGUGGCUUCGUUUGAGUACAAACACUCGAUCAAAAUCUAUACACGAGAGUUACAAGUUCCCUUGUUUCUUUUUCUCUAGUUUGUUUUUUAAAUUAUAAACUCUUUGUCUUCUAGUAAUUUGAGGUCAUUUUUUUAAUCCAAUAAAAUUCGUGGACAAAUUCAUGGACAAGUAAAGAGUUUUCAGAUACUCCUCUACUCCAUUUUAA